GUUCAGGAAAUAUUCAUAUCUCUGCAAACAAGCAAGAAAAUUCAUAUAGAUUCAAUAAAAUUUGUUAAAUUAAAAAAAUGUCUGACACUGAAGAUAUCGAUUCGUGUGAUUUUGCCAAUAUUUCAGAAAGUAAUCCUGGCUCAGCCCCUGAACCAGAGCAAUUGGCCCUUCUUCCCCCGAAUCAUCCGCUCCUGCGCAAGUUUCAAGACUCUCUAGAGGGUCACUUAUUACGGACUAAGUAUGACAUAGAAAACGAAAUUGCAGAAAUGAAAUAUCAAGUUAAACUAAAAGAACAACGGCGACAAGAGCAGGGGCUGGCUUUAUAUGACAUGCAAAAAAAAAUGGGAUUUCAAGAAGAGCAAAUUAAUGAAAUAUCUGCUGUAAUUGAGAGGCAUUUAAAAAAUCGUCAAAUAGAAGAAUUCAAUGCAAUAACUUUAAAAAAGGAAUAUGAAGAAAAAAUUAAACUAUCCAAAACACAAAAAGCGCUAUAUCAUGAAAGAAUGGCUGAACUCGAAGAUUUGCAAAGUUUAGGUAGUAAUAUCAAAAAAUGGGUUUAUAACGUAGAAGAUGAAGUAAAAAAUGCUAAGCGCAUUGUUAGUAGAGACGCACAGCUCCAAAACCACCUAUCUCAAGAAAAACUAAAGUCGGAUAUACUCUUUUACCGUCUGGGUAUGGAAGUUAAAAAGAGAGAGAAAGAGUUGGAUUUCAUUUGUAAGGAAGGGGCUGCAAUGAAAGAGGUGAUCAAUAUUCUAAAUAUGAGCAUAGCUAAUGCCAAUACAGACUUAGAGGCUUUGCAAAAUGAGCAUAAGCGUCUAGCACAAGCAUGGAGCGAGGUUAUUAUAGCCAUUCAGUUAAGAGACAACAUUUUAUUUCAAGUUCAAGAUACUAUACGUAAACACAGGGAAUCAAUAAAACUAAAUUUGGCUGGAAUAGAAGCAAUCAAGAAACAAACUGGGAAAGAAAUGGAACUUAAUAAAAAACUGGAGUCAUUCAAGCGACGACUGUUCGAUGAUACUAAUAUAUUAAGAAGAGACU